CAUCAUAUUGUCACGAAGCGUACAUGCUACCCGCAGUCGAGCAAUAAUGGCAUGCGCAUUCUGAGAACGUCUAGGCAACUUCGCUCGCAUAUCUCUGCGACCGUCCGCUACUCGCAGCUCGGAAUCUACUCACUGUAUGCAACAACACAGAGCGAGGCGAGGCCAGGGGCGCCGGGAAUGCUGACUUCAGUGGGACCCAGUCGGCAAUGAGGCGACAAAACCAGGAGCUGCGCUGGAAAUGCAUUUUCUGGUUUGUUACUGUUGGAUACUGCCUAGGCUGGGCGGACCUCCUCCCAGGCCUGAUCGGCUUUCGCGAUGGGCCCUGGCGAGUGGUCAACGGGGUGGGGAACCUCCACAUCCUGUGGCUGCUGCACAGGAUGCGGGGGUGGCUGGCGGAGCGAAGCCCUUUCUACAGACGGAACCGCUGUGAGCUGCACCUGUACUUCUCCUGUGUGGCAAUGCUGCUGCACACCAUAUGGAGCGCGCUGAGGCCGGUGCGGCCGCUGGACGAGGGAUUCGUGCAGAUCGCCAUCCCGCUGGCCUGCGCUAUGCUGCUGGACCAGCCCUCGCUGUACUUGCUGGCCGCGUGGGCGGCGCUCAUGCCGGGCAUGCUGGCGGUGGAGGCGUGUGCCAUGUUGCAUGCGGGCCGCUCGCUGACACGCACCCUGCGGGAGACGCUGUGGCUGCUGCUCGUGCCCUCGCUCUUGCUGCUUCUGGGCCACCUGAUGCAGCUGUCGCAGCACCGGGACUGGCUGGAGGACCCCCAAGACGCGGCCAACCCCGCCACAGCAGCCAACGCCGCAGCAGCCUCAGGGGCAGGGUCAGGAAGCGGCGCACCAGGCGACACCGCGUCCGGCCUGGCAGGCCCUGGCGGCGGAGCCGCCGCCAGCCACGCCGGAGGCGGCGGCGGCGGCGGCAGCCGCCUGACGGCGCAGGGCCUGGCGGGUGGAUCCCGGCCUGGAUCCAAGACCGUGUCGGAGGAGGAUGAGCCGUACGAGCGGGUUAUGUUCCUGGGUCUCAUGCCGGCGCUGCACAGCCGCCGUGCGCUGGUGCAGAGUGCGCUGCGGCGGCUGAGGCGCUACCAGGCCGCCACCUCGGCCGCCGACUUCCUGGCGGCGGAGGGCGGCGGCGGCGGCGGCGGCGGCGGCGGCGCCGGCCCCGCUAUUGAGGCUAGCGGUGGAGGUAGAGGGGGAUGGCGAGGGGGAGGCAGCGGCGCGGGCAGUGGGGAGGUGGUGACGGCGGCGCCGGCAAGGUCUGCUAGCAAGGGUGCUUUGGCUGCGGCAGCCGCAGGCGGUGAUGUCACUGGCGGCACCAAGGCCGCGGGAGGUGCCGCCGAGGCGACAGGCGCGGGCACGGGCGCGGGCAUGGUGUCGGGGCUGGAGGCCGACGCCAUCUCCCAAGGACGGGCGCGGGCGGUGUCUGUGUCCGGAGCUGGAGCCGCAGCCGGAAGCGGCUUCAGGUCUGCGGGCGCGCAGGCGAGGACUGCCUCAUGUGGCCUGACCCUCGCUGGCGGCGAGAUGUUGCCUUCUGACGCCAGCGCAUCAGGCCCCCAAACCGCCGUAACCACCCCCGGCAUGCUCUUCAUGGCAACGGCAGCUGGCCCCUCCUCAGCGGCUGACGCCGCAGCGGCAGCGGCAGUGGCCACGGCCGCCGCCGGUGGCGUUUCCGCCAUGGGUCGCCCCGCCAGGGGCACCGCGACCUCAGUAGGGGAGGCGCUGUCGCUGGCUCGGGCGCUGGGUGCUGAAGAGGAUGACGGCGUAGACAGCAUCCUGGUUCCGGGGGAGUGGAGCGAAGCCAUGACGCCGCCGACUAUGAUCACGUCGCACGGCGGCUUCGUUACCCAGUCGGGUGAGGAGCCCACGACGUUACCAGGUGGCAUGCCGGCAGGUGCCACUGCAGUAGCUGCCGACGCCUUCCGCCCCUCCACGGUGGCGCUUCUCAGCGGCUGCGGCAGCCUGGACAAGCGCGCCGCCGCCGGCGGCGUCGUGGUGGUGGGGCCUUCGCAAGCGCAAGGCGGCGCCUCCUUCAAUAACUGGAACUUGCGGCGCGGUACGGCUGGCGCUGCCGCCGCUGCGCGCUCUUAUGAGGUGCCGCACACACCCAUGCCUACAUCCACGGGUGCGGCUGCGGACGAGGAGCAGCACAAGCUCCGGUCCCAGUCAGCGGCGGCUGCCGUCGCCGCCGCGGCGGCGUCGGCGCGGAACGCCCACAUCCUGGCUGUGCAGCUGCAGACGUGGAAGCACACGGCGGCUGGGGGGCUGCUUGCGGUGCCGUGGGUGUGGCGGCGGCUGGGGCCGGGGCGAGCGGCGCCACUGGCGGAGGUGUGCCUUCGCGGGGAGGCGGCGGUCCUGACAGCCGCGCUGCAGGCGGCGGUGUGGCUGCUGUCGCUGAAUGACCGACUGGAGGGAGGGCUGCAGGCUUUGGCCCGGUUUGUGGGCAGCGGCGACAUUUUCCUUCUGGCCACCGCCCUCACCGCGCCCUUCUCCGGAUAUAUGGCGCUACAGUUCUACCUGUAUGUGGCGGUGCCGGGGCGCGGCGGCAUCUGUCUGGCGGCGCCCGAGGUGGCGCUGGCGCUGGCGGGAGCCUUCCUGGCGGGCAAGCUGCGCGCUGACACGCUGGCGGUGCGGCUUCGUGCGGCCCAGACCGUGCUGUACGACCUGCUUCCAAAGCACGUGGCGCUGGCGCUGCUGCACCAGGGAGUGGAGACCGCCGCCGCGCCGCCGCCGCCCUCCGCCGCCGUACUCAACGCCAUACCGCAGCCCGCGUCCGCCGCCGCCGCCGCGGCGGCGGCAGCAGCCGCAUCGCGCCAGCGUCAUCAGGUCCACAGGCGCUCCCGCCGCACCGGCAGCGCUGCUUACGUCGUGACCCCCGUCCUGCACACGGUGGCGGCGUCGCCGGCGGUGGCAACCGCCGCCGUUGCGGCUGCGCCAGCUUCUGCGUAUGCCUCACCGGCCGCUGAAACCCCAGGGGCCGCAGGGUCGGGCUCGGGGUUCGAGGAAACAGCGGUAGGAGCGCCAGCAGGCGCAGAGUCGUCAGAGCCAAGAACGGUGUCGAGCGCGCCUGGUGCCGGUGGCGGCGGUGGCGGCGGCGGCAGUGGUGCUGGGCUCGGCAGGCUGGCGCUCGCGCAGCGGCCCGUGAUACGGGAUGUCAACCUGCUCGCGCAGGCGCAGCAGCAGCACCUGCAGCACCACAACCAGCAGCAACAGAACGCGGGGGCAGCGGCGGCGGCGGCUGGAGGCGGCAAUGCGCACGACCUCGCCUCCGACGCCUCGGCCGGCGGCGUGCCCUCCGCCGCGGCCUACACAGCUGCCAUGUCAGACUUUGAUGUAGACGCCUACGGCGCCUUGAGCGGCCGCGCGGAUCGGGACGUGAGCCUGCUUAGCUUUGAGGAGCGCAGCGGCGUGUUUGGCCGGGGACCCCUGCCAGGCGCCAGCGGGGGCAGCGGCCGCGGCAUCAGCUCGCAGCGGGCUGCUGUGGUGGAGGCGGGCGUGGUGGAGGGGGUGGAGGGGGUGGAGGGGGUGGAAGGGGCGGAAGGGGUGGAAGGGGCAGGCGGCGGCGAGGCCGCGGCUCCGAGCAGUGGCGAUACGGACGACCCCCUGGGUAUGGUGGGGCUCGAGGAGGCGCUGUUUGGCGGCGCGGCCGCUGUGCAACGCCACCACCGCCACCACCACCGUGCCAUCGGCUCGGGCAUGGGCAUGGGUGUCUGCGCGGGCGGAGAUGGCGCCGGAGGAGGCGUGCAGAUUGUGGGUUUAGGGUUUGGAGCAGCAGUCGGCGGAGCGGGAGCGCGGCAUGAAGGGGCGGCAUCGGCAGCUGCGAUGGUGGUGAGGAAGCACACGGCAGAGGGUAUGUACGGCGGACACGCGCUGGGCAGCUCGGGCGCGCGCUCCUCCGUCACCAUCGCCUCCUCCGCCGAUGCCAGCAAGAGCUCUGCGGGCCUCGGGCGCACGGGCUCAGGCUCCUGCAGGACUGCUUCAGCGCUCCUGGGCUCGCCGCCACCUACGGCCUCCCCUUUCUACACCACCGCUGCCGCAAGCCAGGCCCUGGGCAAAACACCGCCGCUGCCGUCCUUGGGUCCGGUCGGCGAGCCCCGGGGCUCGCAGAACGGCGGCAGCGGCUCGCGGCUGGCUGACCGGCUUGCGGGCGGCGGUGCUACAGCCGUGCGGCCGAUUGGGGCAGCAGUAGCAGGCGUGCAGCAGUUACGGUUUGAGGACGAGGAGGGCGAGCUGUGCUUCUCACCGCGCCGCCGGUCCGCUGGCGGAGGCGGCGGCGCCGAGGACAGCGAGGUCGCGGCGGGUGAGCUGGGCACCGCUGGCGCCGCCGCUGAUGGCAGCCGCGGCAGUCACAGCGGCGCUGAUCCCCUGCCGGAGGAUGUGAGGCCCUCCAGCGAGGGGAGGCCCACCGCACCCAGCCUCACGCACGGCAGCAGCGGCGUGUCGCCCAGCCGCAGCCGCGGCGCUCAGGGGCCGCCGCCGGCAGCGGGUCACGGCGGCGCGCGGCCCUCGCUGCCCUCGCUGCCCGAGCUCGGCACACUGCCGGAGACGCCAGACCGGUCGGGAGGGCGGCACGACGAGGGGCGGAAGGGCGAGGUGGUGGCGGCUGAGGACUCCUGCUCACUCCCGGCGCUGGCCCUGGCCGGGUCAUCCGUCGCGGGCGGCCGCUAUCACGGAGAUCCGCAUGACGAGGACGAGGAGGUGGAGGGAGCCCACGGCUUGCGGCUGCGCAGCCGCCGCAGCGCCGGCGCCGCUGACGGCGGCGGCGGCGACGCCACGCCCCCGCGCACCAGCCAGAACCGCACCUUGAGCCGCAGCGUCAGUGCCAGCGCCAACCCGGCCCCCAGCAACCCGGGCACCUGCAGCCCGCCGGCGGCGGCGCCGCCGCCGCGCCGCGUCACCUCGGCCCGCGCCGCCGCCGCCAGCCUGUUCCUGGGCCUGCAGGUGAGUGGCCUGCGCCGCCUUGCGGUCCGCGUGGCGGCGGCCAUGUCUCCGGCUAGCGCGGGGUCGCCGGCGGGAUCGCCAAUGGCGGGCGGCGGCGCCGCCUCAGGCAGUGGCGUGCUGGCGGUUGGAACCUCUGGCCCGUCGUACCUGGCGCCGCGAGACGGCGCGUUGGCGGCGGCGGCGGCGGCGGCGGCUUCGCCCGGCUCAGACCUGCACGGCGCGCCCUCGUCGUCGGGUGCGGCGUCCGAGGUGUCUGCGAGUGCGGGCGCGAGCGUGGGCGCGGCUGGGGACAGCGGGCGACGAGCGGUGCGCCCGCCGUCCGCAUCGGGCCUGGCGUUCCUGAGCGGCGGCGGCAGCAGUGCCAGCGGUGGCGGCUGGGGCAUGGGUGUGGCGGUGAGCAGUCUAUCGAGCCGGUGGGCAGGUGCCGUGGGCGCGGCGGUGGGCGCGGCGAGUGGCGUGUCUUCGUCGGGUGUGCCCAGCGGCGGCGGGCUGCAGCGGUGGGGCCUGCCGACCUUCUCGGAGCGCCGCACGAUGCCGCCGCCGGCGGCGGCCGCGCCGGCCUCGCCAGGCGGCACCCGGCGCGCCAGCGGGGAGACGGCAGCCUACGGCCAGCAGCAGCAGCAGCAGUCGCUGGCGCCAUCGCCGCAGGCUGCACCGGCUGCUGCAGAGCGCCAGCAGUACCUGGAGGAAGGCGAGUGCGCAUCCGACUCCGCACACGCCGACGGCGCCAGCGGUGACGACGCCGACGGCACCAGCGGCUCCAACGCCGGCGGCGGAGCCGCAGCCGCCGGAGGCGGCGGCGGCAGCGGCGGCGGCGGCGGCUGUCGCGCGCUGGCGCACCCGCAGCACCCGGACCCCACCACCACACGCGCCGUGGCGCCGCACGGCGGCGGCCUCUCGGGCCUGGGCGCCGCCGCCGCCGCCGCACUGCCGCUGCCGGCGCCGUACACGGAGUGGCACGACAGCGUGACGGUGCUGUUCAGCGACCUGGUGGGCUUCACGGACCUGUGCGCGCAGAUCGACCCGGGCGCGGUGGUGGCCAUGCUGAACGACCUGUACACCAGGAUGGACGCGCUGUGCAUGAGCCGGCCCGUGUACAAGGUCAUGACCAUCGGGGACGCAUUCAUGGCCUGCACGGGCCUGGUCCACGACGACCCCGACCACGCCGCCACGAUGGUGGACUUCGCCGCCGCCACCCUGAGGGAGGCCGCGCACGUGCGCCUGCCGCCUGGGUGUGUGGGCAGCGGGCAGCCGCUGCAGCUGCGCAUCGGCAUUCACACCGGCCGCGUCAUGAGCGGCAUGGUGGGCGCCUUGCGGCGGCAGUACACCCUGUUCGGCGAUACCGUCAACCUGGCCUCGCGCAUGGAGAGCACGGGGCAGCCGGGCCGCGUGCAGGUGUCGCAGGUGACAUACGAGCUUCUGAAGGACCGGCCGCAGUACAAGUGGGAGAGCCGCGGCGAGGUGUUCUGCAAGGGCAAGGGCGUGCAGCGCACCUACCUGCUAGCUACCGACUCGCCAGUCGUACUCCAGGAGGCGGCGCUGGAGGCAGAGCUGGAGGCAGCGGCGGCGGCCGCCGGAGGCAGCGGCAGCGCGGGCGGCGGCGUCGUUGGGCAGCUGCUAGACCUGCCCACGGAUGGCCUGGCCGGCGGCAGCCGCGUCUGCUCGUUCACGAGCCCCGGGGGCGCGGCGGAGGGCAUGGGUGGGAUGGGGAUGGGGAUGGGACACGGGCGUGUGCACGGUGGCAUCGGCGAUAUGGGCGUGCCGCAUUCGGUGCUGUCUACGGGCGUCAGUGACGGUUCGUUUACAGCCACACGCGGCGGUGGUGGCGGUGCCUUCGGCGGCUUUGGCGGCGCCGGGCUGGGCGCUCACGGAUCAUUCACGGCGGCGGGGCGGCCGCUGGGUCGGCAGCUGCUGACUAACGCCCUGAUGCGUACGGCACAGCAGUACGGCAGGGUCCUGCCGGGCGGCGGCGGGGCGGGCGAGGCGGGUGGAGGCGCGGACAGCAUGGGCGGCGGCGUGAGCGUGGCGAGUGAGCUGUCACCGUUAGAAGCCCCGUCACUGGCGCUGACGGAUGCCUACGGCGAGGCUUACGAUUACGGCCUGUGAGAUGCGAUAGUAUACAAAAACACGGUAGUACGUGGGCGAGCGAGUUUGUGUGCCUUGACGUUCUGGAACGAUGCAAGGCAUGGAGAAAGGAGGGACUGCAUGCUCAAGAGCGAAGGUGUGCGAGAGUCAUCGGCUAUGGUUGACCGGAUAUUGUUGUGCUCGGCUUUCGUGUUGGGUAUGUGUGAUUGUGGGCAGCUAGGCUUGUAGUUGCCCGGAACGCAGGCAAGACUGUGAUUGCUAUACGCAUGUGAUGACUCGAGUACUUCCAAUGCGCCGAAAGGCGUCGCAUUACAAGGCAGCACUUGACGCCUUGGCGUAAACGCGUAACGUUACCGAAGGACUUGCACGCGACCCUGCGUUUUGGAUGCUGGGACGUCACGGCGUCCUAGGUUUGAUGUUAUACCUGGUGGCACUGUAAAAUUGUGCGGUUUGAUGACCUCUGGGGAGUGGGCGGCUGGGCGGGUAUGGUUUGGACUUCGGAGUGUGGGACAUUCGACAUGCGCUGCCCUUGUGCGGGCGCUAUAUGCAGAAACUUGUUACUGAAUGACGCGCCGUGUGCCGUGACCUAUGAUGGGACGCAGGGACGGUGGCGUGCGCUGCUUUAAUUGCUGUAUACGGUAUUGCUGUAACAAGGCGAGUGC